AUGAACACAAAAGCCAGCACUGAAGGUGAGGAGGAACCCUCAAGAAUGAGAAAUGAGACCUCGAGGGAGAGUGGCUCCUUGGGAGACGACAAAAGGCAGCAAGUGAUCCUUGUCGCCUACCUGAUUGCAGCCUUAGACCUGACCUUUCUCUUCAUGCAGAUGGGAGUCAUGCCUUACUUGACAAAGACCCUAGGUUUGGAUUUAGUAUGGUUUGGCUACCUCCAGACUACCUUUGGUGUCCUUCAACUCGUGGGAGGUUACAUUUUUGGAAGGUUUGCAGAUCAGUUUGGUGCCCGAGCAGCCUUAAUUCUAUCCUGUGCAUCUGGAAGUGUCUUCUUCCUGCUUAUGUCCAUCUCCACUAGCAUCCCUCUCCUCUUCCUCUCCAGGCUGCCUGGAGUGUUCAUGCAUGGGAUACCAGGUGCUCAGAAGGUUAUUACAGACAUGACUACUCCUUCCCAACGUGCUGGUGCUUUGGGGAAGCUGGGUCUCUGCUUUGGAAUAGCAAUGAUUGCUGGCUCUGCCCUGGGAGGUGUCCUCUCCAAAUUCGGAAACAGUGUGUACAGCUAUGAAGAAUGUGCUUCCUAUGGGCAGGGUGAUGGUCAGACAGUUUUUAUACAGCCUGAGGAUGAG